AUGGCAUUUUGGUUACCUCAAAAUAUACAAAAGCGGCUGCUGCUUUAUGUCCUUCAGCAAAUUUCGCUCUUUUCCAAUAUAGAUCUAUCUAACCUGGACGUUUCUAUAGGUUCGAAGUCACAGUUCUCAUUCCAUGAUGUGAAUCUAUCACUUGAUGAUCUCAACAUCCCAAAUGUGCAAAUAAACGAAGGCAUAGUUGACGAGCUUGUAUUAAAACUAACAGUUUCUGGUGGAGUGGAGAUCGAUGGGUCUGGUUUAAGAUUCAUUAUAACACCUUUAUAUUCCAGUAGUUCACAAGAACUUCACUCGGAUUUCCUGGCUAAAAGUAUCCAAGAUCUCACAAAUUCAAUGUUACAAUUUGAUGAUCCAUUGACCACACAUAAUAGAUACAAAGAAGAUGAUAUCAGCUCCUCAGACAGUAGUAGUGAUCUCAACUCUAAUACGGAAGCUUCAAAAUCAACCGGAAAUGGUUCUUAUACUCUUCAGAAUAUGCGGAAUAAAGCCCUCAAUGUGGCCUUAGCGAAAUUGAAAAUAGCUUUGAAAGAUAUUACGAUACGUUUCAUAAUGAAUGAUAGGAAUCCCUCCGAGAGCGUUGUGGAAGUUCACUUGGAAAGUAUACAACUCACCACUACAGAUGCAAAUUUACGACAUAUAAAUAUUGGAAAUAUUACUCUUUCCUCAAUACAAAAACAAGCCGUAUCCGACUCUCCCGCGCAUCCUUCUAAUAAUGAUGAUCUGUCACAAAGCGUUUAUUUAUCAAAAAUGGAAGCUACUUCACUUUAUAUGAGCGCCAUGGAAGAGCAAUCAAAUGAAGACCGUGAUGGGCACGAAGUCACACAGGAAGAACAAGGCGAUGAUGAGUGCAAAGAAACUUUAAUUGAAAUAAAUAAUUUGAACAUAGCUUUUAAGGGUUUAUCAUCAGUCAAUGAUCUCAGAGUUUAUGAUAUUGCUAUUGAUGUCCAGGAUGUUCAUUUAGUGAUAUACAAAUUUGUCGAAAUCAAAAAUUCCAUUUUGAAAAAUAUUAUAGAUAUCAUUGUUACCCAUUUGGAUGCCGAUAAUACCUUUUCUAGCCAGGACUCCCAAAGUCCGUCACCUGGCGAACAGAAAUCGUCAACUCUUUCCUCUAUUGAUAUCAAAUGCAUAUAUUUGAACUUAGGCAAAGACAUUACAGUAAUUUUGAAAAGUCUUGAGUUGGAGCAAAAGGAAAACAAUUCGUUGGCUUUCUCUCUGGGCUCCUUUUAUUCCAAUUCGAGUUCAUUAACAAUUAGUCAUAAAACGAAGCCAAUACUUAUUGGAGAACAGGCCCUUCAAAGCAUCGAAUUAAAUAUCAAUGAUGAACUAGAGAUUGUUAUUAAUGACAAUGGCAUUGCACAUUUCUUUAAGAUCUUUCAGUUUAUUUCCCAAUGUUUGUCCUUUUAUCGUAGUAAAUCAAAAAGGGCGGUGCCGAAAAUAACUUCGGAUACUACGAGGAGCAUAAGAUUUACCUCUAAAGCAAUGAAACUAUCGAUUAAGUUCUCAUAUUUUUUACUAUGUUUUCAGGUUUCGCCCUUCAUUUACGACUCUGAUGGUGAGUUCUACAUUGAACUGAUAGACGUAUUUAAAAAAUUCCCAUCUCGUUGCACAAAAAUAUUGACUAUGUCAAGCAUCACAAUCUCGAAUUCUCAAUCCCGUCUACAACUGGGUUCAUAUGACGAUACUUUAAAAGAAGCGCUAAUUUAUAGUUCCAUUCAUGCCAGCAUCAAAGAAGUGAUAUUACAAGAAGAAUAUUUUGGAAUAGUACAAUUAGUCAAAGAUAUUUCAGCAAUUGGAGAACUUUUCACGGAUUCAAAGAACUCCGAAUGUACAGGCAAGUCUAAAAGCAAAAGGGGCUCCUUCUUGCAGAGAAGUGUCAGAGUAUUAAACUCUUCUAGGUUCGUUUACAAGCAGAGUACUUCUGCUAAUUUUUCUCUUCAGAUAGAUUCCAUUAAACUAAAAGUAUCAGAAAUUAUAGGACCGCAAUUUGGUUUUGUGGAAGCAUUGCUGUCAAAUAACUUUUUUGCGAUUACAGACGACUUUCAAAUUGUAUAUUUUACAAGGAAUUUACUGGUAGAAAGAAAGACACCGUCGCUAUUAGAGCCACAAGAAAUCAUAUCAGUGGUUCUGAAUAAAGCAGUUAAUGAACCUGUUCUAUAUAUUCAUAGAAGGGCGAAUGGGAAGUUAAAAGUCAUUUUCAACAACAUUCGCAUACAUUAUUAUGCAAGGUGGUUAGAAAUAUUGAAGAAAAACAUCGACCCGGAUAAUCUUGAGUCAAAAGAUGAGCCUGGGGCACAAAACCCUAGUAGAGAGCUAUUAAAUUCUGGUUUCCCCUGGGAACUCAAAUGUGUAGAUUGCUCUCUGAUUCUACAUCCUUUCAGAUUAAAAAGUGUAAUGGUCAUUGUACUUGACAAUCUAACAACUGGUGGAAGUUCAUUCAUUCCGCAAGCAAAACUUCUUUCAAAGGUGAACACACUUUUCCUAAUAGACGAUUUUGCAAAUUUCAAAAUUCAAAAAGAUAAGAACUGGCCUACUUUGAUAAGUUUUUAUGCUGGUCAAGGUUUCUCCGCAAUCGGUAAAAUAGAUACUUUAACUCUUCUGGUAAACAAAUCUGAUGGCACGCUUUUGUUGGAUUGCAAAAUGGAACAAGUUGGUCUUUCAUUGUGUGCAGAUUCCUUUCAAACUUUUUGUCAGCUUUGUAUCGAUUUGAAGUAUCCUCAGACGUUCCCUGAUGAGGAAAAAUUUAGAACAGAGUUGAAGAAUCCUAUCGACGUAUUCAGAGACAUUGAUUGUGACCUUUUCAAUUCCGCUUUCAUUCGGGAGAACAAUGAUCAAAAUGAUUACGAUUCGGUGCAUUUGGUGGACAGUUUUCUUGACAAAACUCAAGAGUUCAAUAAUGGCACAAGAAGUAAGCUCUCCUCUCAAGGCUCGUAUGAAAUGGACAGUUCUUCUGGGACUGCCACAGGAGGUGUUUUACUUCCCCAUGAAAGUUAUUUGGACUCUGUACAGGCAAAAGAGGAAGACAGUCCGCUAAUGGCAUCAAAAGAGCAAGAAGGGAAUGUAGAUAUAAGGGCUAGUAUAGAUGUUGAAAAGGUUGUCAUAAAACUAUUUGAUGGGUAUGAUUGGAAAUAUACGCGGAAGUUUAUCGCUAAUACUGUGGAAAAAUUGGAUAAAGAGCUCAGUGAAGCGGAAGUAAGCGGUUCCAAAUCAAAUUUACCACGAUCAGAAGCAAAUAUUUUUGACUCUAUAUAUAUAUCUGCUAACAAAAAUAAUGUCACGGACUUGAGGAAAAACCUUGAUGGUGAGAUCCAGGGAGUCCAAAACUCUUUCUCUGAUGUCUCUAAAGUUAAUUUGCGACCUUCUAAGCAUUAUAAAGCUUUGCUUCAGUUGAGUAAAUUGCAUGUUAAUUUAAAGAAUUAUCGAGUAGAUGAACCUGAUGAGUUCCACUCUGAUAAUUCCACGGACGUUUUGAACCGAUGUUUAGUUUCCGUUUACGAGUUUGAAAUUAUCGACAAUGUUCCCACGUCCACGUGGAAUAAAUUUGUAACUUUACUGAAGCACGAACCGUGGUCGCACAAUUCUCCGAUGUUUCUUCUGAAUCUUGAAUUUAUCCGACCAAUUGAUUUUUUGCAAGCAGUGGAACUAGUCAUGCAAUUGAAAAUUGCACCUUUGCGCCUACAUGUUGACCAAGACACUUUAGAGUUUCUAAUAAGAUUUUUAGGAUUCAAAGAUAAAAGGUUCGAAUUAAUUGAUGAAUAUCCAGACAUUAUAUUUGUUCAAAAAUUUAGCACAAAUUCAAUUAAGUUAAGGUUAGAUUAUAAGCCAAAAAAAGUUGAUUAUGCGGGUUUAAGAUCAGGUCAAACUUCAGAACUGAUGAAUUUCUUUACCCUUGAUGGGUCCAAGAUUAUUUUGAAAAGUGUGGUGCUAUAUGGAUUAAAUGGGUUCGAUGAAUUAAACAAUAAAUUGAAAGCUAUUUGGACUCCGGAUAUUACUAAAAAGCAAUUACCUGGCGUUCUGGAGGGUCUGGCUCCUGUGAGAUCGUUUAUGGCGAUUGGGUCUGGUGUGAAGACUCUAGUCACAGUAUUGAUGUCAGAAUACAGGCAAGAAGGUCAUUUGGGAAGAAGCUUAAAAAAGGGCGGCAAUGUCUUCUUGAAAACGACGACGGGAGAUUUUGUGAAGUUGGGGGUUAAAUUGACGUCAGGAACGCAGGCAAUAUUGGAGAAUACCGAGGAACUAUUCGGUGGCGUUGGUUCCAACGGCAGGGUGUACGAUGCAUCGAAAUUGAGCUCCACUGAUGAUGCGGACAGUGAUGCUGCCGCUGUAUUAGACUUGGAUACUAUAUUCGAGGAGGAUCAACUAGUUGGUAGUAAAUAUUCCAGGAUAAGAGACCAUGAGCCCACAGCAGUAGUCAUCGAUAUGUCUUCAUCGGGGGACCACAAUGAACCCACAAUAGUGAGUCUAUACGCAGAUCAGCCUCUAGACCUUCCCACAGGUUUGAGGGAGGCGUAUAGUUCAUUAGAAAAGCAUAUGCAUAUUGCGUACGAUGCUGUAUGGAGGGCAAAGGGACAGAUGAAGGAUGAUAAACGAGGAGGGCCGAGUGCCGCGGCAGUUUAUGUUGCUAGAGCGGCACCUGUGGCAAUAAUUCGGCCGUUGAUUGGAGCCACUGAGGCAGUUUCCAAGACUUUGCAAGGGAUAGCUAAUCAAGUUGACAAAACGCAUAACGAGCAAAUCCACGAUAAGUACAAGUCCAAUCGGGCUGAUUCGUAA